CGGAGGAAUGCGCUGGAAAAGUGUUGGAAAGCGGUUCAAGCAAUUUUCACCCGUCUCGUAUUCGUAACAGCGGAUAAAACGAUUCGCUCUUGCUUCGUGUUCAAGUCGAGGAACAUUUAAAAGCCACGAUGAAUAUCUUUAGGCUGGCCGGAGAUCUGUCUCACUUAGCGGCAAUCAUCAUUCUGCUGCUGAAAAUCUGGAAAACCCGUUCCUGCGCAGGAAUCUCUGGGAAAAGCCAGAUACUCUUUGCUUUGGUGUUCACAACACGUUACCUGGACCUGCUCACCUCCUUUAUUUCUCUCUACAACACGUUCAUGAAGAUUGUCUACAUCGGAUGUGCCUAUGCUACCGUGUACCUCAUCUACAUGAAAUUCAAGGCUACUUAUGAUGGAAACCAUGACACCUUUAGAGUGGAGUUUCUAGUAGUUCCUGUGGGAGGCCUGGCCUUUUUGGUCAAUCAUGACUUCUCUCCUUUGGAGAUCCUGUGGACCUUCUCCAUCUAUCUUGAGUCAGUGGCCAUCCUGCCUCAGCUCUUCCUGAUCAGUAAGACCGGAGAGGCUGAGACCAUCACCACCCACUAUCUGUUCUGCCUGGGUGUCUACCGUGCCCUCUAUCUCUUCAACUGGAUCUGGAGGUUCUACUUUGAGGGCUUCUUUGACAUGAUUGCUAUUGUGGCUGGGGUGGUCCAGACCAUCUUGUAUUGUGACUUCUUCUACCUUUAUGUCACAAAAGUGCUGAAAGGAAAGAAGCUUAGCUUGCCAGCGUAAGUGCCAAAGAACAGAAGACCUGUGUCACCAUUCAGACUCAUAUGGGGGGGCACGGGCCAGCAAUGUCACAGCAAGAGGCCGAAGACAGAAAGCGCACGUGAAACUGCUGCCGUUUGUGAAAUGUCAUCUGGAUGAAAAAAAUGACAGCACAAUGACUGCAAUGAGGACUUCUCUUGGAUUUGGCAAUGGAAAUUUUUUGUUUUCAGCAUCUUGCGAUACCUUUUUAGUGCUGUUAAGAAAAACUCAAAAAGAACAAAAAAAAAGGAAACAAAUACUUUUUCUAUGUGAGGUGUUUCACAAGUUUAAAUGUUAAAUUUGGCCAGAUUAAACACACCUUAACUCCUA